AAAGCAAAACACGUAGGCUACAGGUUCAAAGAGCGCAAGUCACGGAGCUCAUAGCUUUUUUUUAGUAGGAAAAAACAGUGAUCUGAGAGACUUGUAUCGGAUACCUACUCCAGUCCAGUCUGCUGUUUAGGCAGACCAUCAGGAACAUGGCUCACUUCUUAUCGACGUGCAUCUUUAUUUUAACAGCGUCCCAGCUGGUCGACUCGUCCGGUGUGUUCGAGCUGAAAGUGCACUCGUUCACCAGCCCAGGCGGUGUGUGUAAGAACUCGCAGGACUGCCACAUCUUCUUCCGUGUGUGUCUCAAACACUCGCAGGAUGUGAUAUCGGCUGAACCUAAGUGUACAUACGGCUCCGGACUGACCGACAUCUUCAGCGUAGAGCCGAGCUCCAUCGCCAGCAGCGCCCCUAUCAAAGUGCCCUUCAAUUUCAAAUGGCCGAGAACCUUUUCCUUGAUCAUUGAAGCAUGGAAUACAGAGUCCUCGUCAGACAAGUCGACAGAAAACCAAAGCAUGCGGAUCAGCCUGCUGAGUACUAAAAGAAGCCUAACAGUCGGGGAGAACUCGCUGCAGGACGAGCGGAUGGGAGAGCAGAGUGAACUGCGUUACUCGUACCAUGUCAUGUGCGACGAGUUUUACUACGGAGAGAGCUGCUCGGAUUACUGCCGGCCGCGGGAUGACACCUUCGGACACUUCACCUGCGACUCUUCUGGGCAGAGGAAGUGUUUAUCUGGUUGGAAAGGCGUAUACUGCGAUGAGCCCAUCUGCUUGCCUGGCUGCAGUGACAAGCACGGUUAUUGUGAGACCCCUGGUGAGUGCAAGUGUCGCCUCGGGUGGCAGGGCUCCCAGUGCGAUGAGUGCCAGCGGCACCCCGGGUGUUUGCAUGGAACCUGCAACCAGCCGUUUCAUUGUGACUGCAAGGAAGGCUGGGGUGGCCUGUUCUGCAACCAAGACCUUAACUUCUGCACCAAUCAUAAGCCGUGCAAGAAUGAUGCCACUUGCACAAACACCGGCCAGGGGAGCUACACUUGCACCUGCAAGCCUGGCUUCAGUGGCACCAACUGCGAGAUCGAGACCAACGAGUGCAACAGCAAUCCGUGCAAGAACGGCGGCAGCUGUAACGAUUUGGUGAACGACUACUCUUGCACAUGCCCCCAGGGCUUCUAUGGAAAGAAUUGUGAGGUGAGCGCUAUGACCUGUGCAGAUGGACCAUGCUUCAAUGGUGGAACUUGUGUGGAGACUAUGACUGGAAGUUACUCCUGCCGUUGCCCUCCCGGUUACAUGGGCUCCAACUGCGAGAAGAAAAUUGACCGCUGCAGCAGUGACCCCUGUGCCAACGGUGGCCAAUGUUUAGACCUGGGUCACAGCCUUAUGUGCCGAUGCCGCCCUGGCUUCAAAGGAUUGCGUUGUGAGAUCAACAUCGAUGAGUGCGCCCGUAACCCGUGUCGCAAUGCGGGUACCUGUGUGGAUGGCAUUAAUGACUACACGUGCAAGUGUACAUUGGGCUUCACAGGCAAGGAUUGCAACGUGCGUGCUGACACGUGCAGCCUUCUGACCUGCAAAAAUGGCGGCACAUGCUACACUCACUUCAGCGGGCCUGUGUGCCAGUGCCCACCAGGAUUCAUGGGUUUGCGCUGCGAGUACAGCCAACCACCCACAAAGCCUCCUGUUGUAUCUAAUUUCCCUGUAGCCCUAGCCAUCUCCUUUACCCUGGGCCUUAUCACCCUGACACUAGUGCUGUGUGCUGCCAUCAUCCUCCUCAAGCAGAUGAGACAUGGCAACAAAUCCAUGUUUUCCUCUGUGCGCAACGAUCUGGACACCAUCAACAAUCGCAACUCUGUGAUCUCUAAUGCUCAGGCCAGUUACAAAGAGAAAGAAGCUUUCCUCAUCCCCGGUGGUCCGUUCAAGGUGUCCAACAAGGAUGCGGCGCUCAACUCUGGCAUUAUGGAUGCACUUUGUAACGACAAGGCCAACAACAAGCAAAAGAUGCUGGACUACAAUCUGGCCAAAGAUGAGAAAAAUACAAAGGAUAAGCUAGACCUGAAAAAUUCAGAGUCCUCUAAAUUAGUUCGCCCUUUGAGCUUCCCUAAAGAAGACUUAUAUCAUCCUGUAUACAUCAUUCCUGAGCAAAUGGAACCACGUGUUUUUGCUACUGAGGUUUAACAGUAUUGUCUAAUCUGGAGCACCUCAAUCGUCAUCAGGCCUCGCCUGAACAUGUUUACAUGCUUUUAAAGGACAGUUGAAGAGACUAUAUAUUACAUUGACAUAUUUAAUAUUUAUUGUUGCUGCUCAUAUGAAAGGACUACUUUUUGCUGUGGACAAUGUCGCACAGACAAAGCAAGCGAACCAGAAGAGCUUUAGGAGGGGUGGAAAUUGCAUAAUUUGCACUACAAUUUUAUAUAUAUAUAUACAUGUAUGUGUGUGUGUGUGUGUAUAUAUAUAUAUAUAUAUAUAUAUAUAUAUAUAUAUAUAUAUAUAUAUAUAUAUAUAUAUAUAUAUACACAUAUAUACAUACAUACAUACACAUGUAUGUGUAUAUAUACUUUUAAAAAAAGAAAAGAAAGAUGAACUCUAUGGAACAAUGGAAAUGAAUCAAAGGAUCCUUAACCAACAUCUGCCUUAUGAUGGAAAUAAAAAGGUGCAUCUCAAUCAGGAUGGGCGCACUUUAUGCCAAACGAGGCCUUGCAUCCAGUCAAUCAAAGCUAAAUACUCACUGCUGCAGCAAUGUCAAAUGUGAAUUCAAGAGCCUGACCAUGGAAUAUGAUGUGGACCGUGCAGAAUGCGGAUCUGCCUGAUGACAAGUAAUCAAACACGAUCAAAUGUCUGGUGCUGCUGCAGGCAAGGUGAACACUGGUCAUAGGAAAUGAUCUAAAACAUUGUGUAAGUGGAAUCUGUUACACAACACUUACUGUCUAUAAUGGUCUUGACUAUCAGUGCAAAGCAAAGUCAAUCCAAAAAAGUGCCUAAUCUUUCCAUGCCAUCAUCAUUUGAAUCGAAUUCUAAUUAUAUUUGUAACUUUAGAUCUUUUAAUAGACGAACUAUAAAUAUAUUUUCUAUACGCAGAAUAGUAAUUUCUCUUAGCAUUCAGGGUUCAGAGAUGUUUGUCCAGCAGGGUUUGAUGGAUGAUUUUUUUUUUUACUGUACUGCUUUCAUCCUGCCACUGUCAACAAUCAUUAAGCUAUUUUCUACAUUCCCAUGACGUAAAAGAAUCAUUUCGUUCCAGCAGAUAGAAUCAUGAUUGUUAAGAUUUCCUGGUUUGUUGAAGUUCUGCAUCAAGGGCUUUAACAAAAAAAAUGAAAGACUCCUCUACAACAUUUUCUAUGAUAUUGUUUCACUUUAUACCAAAUAGACAGCUUGUUAUAUGCUAUAUUCAUAUCCUUCUUAAUUUAACAAUGCAGUGUUGUACAGAACCUUGAGAUGUUCUUACUAUUUAAUUUGUACAUAAUUUGUAUUUAUGAACAGAACUGUAUAUAUGUCAAUGUUAUUUGCCCAUUAUCACAAAGUCAGAAAUAUAUAUAUUUUUCUUAAAAUAAAUCAUAAAAUCUA